UGUCGGCCAAUGGGCGAGCGCGGCUGGGAGCGCGCGCGGGGACACGAGGGGAGGCCGCGAGACGGAGACAAGGAGCGGAAGCGAAAAGGCGAGGCCGCCAUUGAAAAGCCCGGAGUUCAGAGCGCAGCCGUGAAAUGGCCGAGGAUAAAGCCAAGGGGGAAAACGUUAAAAGUGAAGGGAAUGACCACAGGAAUGAUCAUAUUAACCUGAAGGUGGCUGGACAAGAUGGUUCAGUCGUACAAUUCAAGAUAAAGAAGCAAACACCGCUGAGCAAACUGAUGAAAGCAUACUGUGAGCGACAGCCCUACUCCCCUGAGAGUGGAUGCUCGCCACCACUCUGCACAGCAGCUACAGAGUUAGCAAUGACAAUGGUCCAAGGGCUUGCAGAUCAGACAGAUCAGGUUUCGUUUCGAUGGGCAGCCAAUAAAUGAAACUGAUACACCGGCUAUGUUGGAAAUGGAAGACGAAGACACCAUUGAUGUAUUCCAGCAGCAGACGGGAGGAACCUGCUAACCUCAUGACAGUAAUUUAAUGUAAAUAACGUUCCACACAAUGUACAUGUUCUUGCAACACGCUGUAUUUUACUCUAUUUUGAACAAUCUGCAACAUUUGGGGCGAUCGCUGUUAUAAAAAUGUUAGAGGGAGGGAUAAAGAGCUGUGUGACAUCCCUGCAAUAAAUUGCUUCUUUUUUUUUGCAUUGUUUUACUUUCUGGAUACAGGGAAUUUUCUUUGUAUUUUGGAUUAAUCCCAAUAAAGUUGAUCUUGUAUGUACA